AUGUUCAUCUGUUCGCACAUCUCCAAGUGCUUCCAGCUGCUGCUGCUGCUGCUGCUGCAGCUGCAGCAGGCUCCGCCUGCUGCCUCUUUCGUUGUGUGCUCUCCUGGACAUCCUCAUAAUGCAGCAGCAGCAGCAGCAGCAGCAGUAGCUGGUGCAGCAAGAGCUGCAGCAGCAGCAGCUUCUUUAGCUGAUGGAGGCCUUUAUUCUUUUUCUUCUUCUUUUUCUUCAUUUGCUUCAAAGCGCUGCGGUGUACUCACACCUCCGCUGCAGCGACAUGCAGCAGCAUUCGUAGGCUUGCCUCUAUCUGCUGCUAUUCAGCAGCAGCAGCAGCAGCAGCAGCAGAGGGCUUCUCUGUCUUCUCUUGCCGCCAAACCCUCUACAGCUGCAAAUUCAGACGCAGCAAACCCAAACAAACAGCAGCAGCAGCAGCAGCAGCAUGAAGAGCAGCAGCAGCAGCAGAAGCUUGAGGCCCUGGAGAUCCUUCCACCGCCUUCCAGCAGCAGCAGCAGCAACAGCAACAGCAGCAACACCAACACCAACAACAACAACAGCAGCAGCAAGAGCAGCAGCAGCAAGAUCAGCAGCAGCAGCAGCAAGAACAGCAGCAGCAGCAGCAAGAGCAGCAGCAGCAUGCGUUUAUCUUUAUUGCGUGAUAUAUCUGGGGGGUAUGUUUUAGAUAAGAAGAGUGCAGAUAAAGAACAACAAGACGACGACGAAGAUAUAUUAUUAUCUGUAUCAGACUUAGAAGCUGUAGCAGCUGAAGACAAUGAGAAGAUAUUAAAAGGGAUCAAUUUAGAUAUUAAACAAAAUGAAGUGCAUGCAGUCAUGGGUAGAAACGGCUCUGGUAAAUCAACAUUAAGCAAAGUAUUAGCCGGAUCUCCUUCUUAUAAAAUAACGAAGGGGACAGCAAAGUUUAAAGGGUUUGAUCUGGCGAAGAUGAGCGUAGAUAAGAUAUCUUUACUAGGGGUCUUUCUUUCUUUUCAGUACCCAAUAGAGAUCCCUAUGCUGUCUACAUUUAAUAUGCUUAAAGCAGCAAUUAACGAGAGAAGAAGGGCUAAUGAAGAAGAUGAUAUCACAGAUGCAGAGCUUGAGGAAACUCUUAAACCACUUGCACAAUUGGUGGAUUUGCCUUAUUCUUUUUUACAUCGGCCUUUGAACUACGGGUUUAGCGGCGGAGAGAAGAAAAGAAACGAAAUUGUGCAGAUGUUAGCGCUCAAACCUUCUUUAGUUUUGCUUGAUGAAGUAGACUCAGGGCUUGAUGUUGACGCAUUUAAUAUUGUUGCAAAAGCUAUCAAACAAUAUG